AAUCAAUGCAAAUUAAAUAUCAAGCAAUCAUUCUAGGAGGUGGAGAAAAAGCAGGAAAUAUGCUCUUUCCACUCUGUCAAAAUUUUUCUAAAAGUCUUUUACCUAUUGGCAAUAAACCAAUGAUUCUCUAUUAGUUAGAUGUUUUAGAGACAGCAGGAUUUGGACCUUAAGAUAUUUUAAUUUUGAUAACAAAAAAUCAUUAACCCGUUGCUGAUUUAGUUUAGAGAAGAGCAGAAAUAUUUUAUGUAAGUGAUGAUUCUGAAUCAGGAUCUGCACUAUUGGAAGCACAAGAAAAAAUUAAAAAAGAUUUCAUUCUUCUCUCUAAUGACAUAUUGAUAGACGCUAAUAUAUUAGACUUGUUGGAUUUCCAUUAUUCAUAAAAAGCAACAAUCACAUGUUUAAUUAAAGAAGAAGACUUAGAUAAAAAGUAAGGAAGAGCUCCAAUAUCUUGCAAUCUUGAUGAGUCAUUUGAUAUCAUGUUUAUUGGUUCUAAUAAUAGUUUAUUACACAUGACUACUAAAUAAAAUGAUGAUGAAUUAAAUCUUAAAGUAAGUAAAAAUGUUCUUUUGAGUUGUGAGAGUGUGUAAGUAAUGACUAAUUUAUUUGAUACUCACAUUUAUGUUUGCAAAUAUGAUGUAUUAGAGUUGUUCAAACAACUUAGCAAACAAGGAUUAGAUAUAUAAAAUUGGAAAGAAGAAUUCCUACCUUUUGUUAUAAAACAUUAAAAAAAUAUAAAUUUGCUAAAUUUAAUAUCCAAAAAGGAGUAAGAGCUCUUUCAUGAAAGAAAAUAAUAUUAAUUUUCAAUUAAAGUCUUCAUUACCAAAGAGUAUGCAAGAAGAGUAAAUAAUAUCAAAGAUUAUUAACAAGCAAAUUUUGAAAGCAUGAUUUAGGGAGAUAAAAGAAUUCCUCUUUAUUAAGGAUUGCAAGAUUUGCAAAAUUAAGUUUAAUACCCAUAGGAUGCUCGUAUCAGUCCUGAUACUAUAAUUGGGGAAGGAACAAGAAUAGGUAAUAAGGUGACAAUAUAGAGAUCAAUCAUUGGUAAGAAUUGUACUAUUGGGGAUCAUGUAAAAAUCAGUAAUUCAAUAAUUAUGAAAAAUGUUGUGAUAAAUUCAGAGUAUAUUUAGUUAAUCAUAUUAAAAUAGCUGCAUCAUUCAACAUUGCAUUUUGUCAAAUGAGUCUGCUAUAGGACAUGGUACAGAGUUAAAUAAAUGUAAUUUGGGAUAUCUAGCAUCUGUUGAUCCAAAUUAAAAAUUAGGAGAUGAAUGUAUAAUUAGGUGAUG